CCCACCCGUCUCUCUCCUCUUCUUCCUCCCCUAUACCCUCGGCCCAAGGUCGCGCUUUCCCCUUCGUUCGUCCUCCGCAGAGUUUCUCCCCUCCUCUCCCUGCUCCUUUUUUCCCUGUCGCGGCGGCGAUAGGGUUCGGCUACCGAUUCUUCUUCGGUGGUGGUCGCCUGUAAAUGCUUAAGGCCCUCUCCGGCGGCGAGGAUCCUGCGACGGCGGCGGCUCUGUUCUUGGCUGUGAUUUUCUUCUUCCUCGAAGGGAUCUCCUCGUUCUCGGGUGAUUCGGCAUGCCUGCCUUCCGCGCCUAUGGAGACGGCGGGUGCCUCGUCUCCGCCCCCGCGGAGCUCUCCGGCAUGUUCUGCCGCGGCGCCGGCGGCGUCGUCCAGGUCCAGCAGCAGCGGAAGCGCUCCCUAGUGGCCGCGUCGGCGGUCGCCGCCGCGGCAGCGGCGGCGGAGUACGUGAGGGCCAGCAAGAAGGCGCGGCAGCCGGCGCAGCCGUCCCUGGACGCGCUGCCGGACGAGUGCCUCUUCGAGGUCCUGCGCCGCCUCCCGGGCGGCCGCGAGCGGGCCGACUCCGCCUGCGUCUCUCGCCGCUGGCUCGCGCUCCUCGCCUCCAUCCGGGCCUCCGAGCUCGGCCACCACGCCACCACCACCGCCCCACCCCUCCCGGAUCUCAACGAGGAGUUCGUCAUGGAGGACGACUCCUCCUCCUCCCCCGCCGCGGAUCCCGCCGUCGAGCGGGCGCUCGAGGGCAAGGAGGCGACCGACAUCCGCCUGGCCGCCAUGGCCGUCGUCGCGGGGUCCCGGGGCGGGCUGGAGAGGCUGGCCGUGCGCGGGAGCCACCCGGCGCGCGGGGUCACGGACCAGGGCCUCCUGGCCGUCGCCCGCGCCAGCCCAAACCUCCGCUCCCUCGCCCUCUGGAACGUGCCGCUCGUCACCGACGCCGGGCUCGCCGAGAUCGCCGCCGGGUGCCCCAAGCUGGAGCGCCUCGACAUCACCGCCUGCCCGCUCAUCACGGACAAGGGCCUCGCCGCCGUGGCGCAGGGGUGCCCCGACCUGGUCUCCCUCACCAUGGAGUCGUGCUCCGGGCUCGGCAACGACGGCCUCAGGGCGGUCGGCCGGUGCUGCGCCAGGCUGCAGGCCUUGAGCAUCAAGAACUGCGCGCACGUCGGGGACCAGGGCAUCUCUAGCCUCGUCUGCUCGGCGUCUGCCACUCUGGCCAAGAUCCGGCUGCAGGGGCUGAACAUCACUGAUGCUUCGCUGGCCGUGAUUGGGUACUACGGGAAGGCCGUCACGGAUCUCACGCUUGCUCGCCUUGCUGCUGUUGGGGAGAGGGGGUUCUGGGUGAUGGCCAAUGCCAACGGCCUGCAGAAUCUGAGGUGCAUCAGUGUCACCUCCUGCCCUGGGGUCACCGAUCUCGCCAUUGUCUCUGUUGCCAAGUUCUGCUCAAGCCUGAAGCAGCUCUGCCUCAAGAAGUGCGAGCAUGUGUCCGAUGCUGGUCUCAAGGCGUUCGCGGAAUCAGCCAAGCUGCUGGAGAACCUGCAGCUUGAGGAGUGCAACAGGGUUACUCUUGUCGGUGUUCUUGCCUGCCUCGUCAACUGCAGCCAGAAGUUCAGGGCUCUCUCUUUGGUGAAAUGCACCGGUGUCAAGGAUAUCUGCGCCGCUCCUGCGCGGCUGCCUGUCUGCAAAUCGCUCCGUUUCUUGACCAUCAAGGAUUGCCCGGGUUUCACUGAUGCAAGCUUGGCUGUGGUUGGAAUGAUUUGUCCUCAGCUGGAGCAGGUCGAUCUGAGUGGUCUCGGUGAGGUCACUGACAGUGGGCUUCUUCCCUUGAUUACAUCUUCGGAGAGUGGUUUGGUCAAGGUUGACUUCAGUGGUUGCAAGAACAUUACAGAUGUUGCUGUUUCUGCCCUGAUGAAGGCACAUGGGAAAUCUAUUAAGCAAGUUAGCCUUGAGGGCUGCAGCAAGAUCACAGAUGCAAGCCUCUUCUCCAUUUCUGAGAACUGCGCUGAGCUUGCGGAGCUUGAUCUUUCUAACUGCAUGAUUAGCGACUCUGGUAUCGCAAGCCUGGCAGCCGCAAAGCAGUUCCAGCUUCGUGUCCUCUCGCUGUUUGGCUGCACGAAUGUCACUCAGAGGAGUGUGCCGUUCCUGGGCAACAUGGGUAAGCUUGAGGGCCUCAAUCUCCAGUUCUGCAACAUGAUCGGUGACCACAGCAUUGCAUCGCUGGAGAAGCAGCUCUGGUGGUGCGACAUUCUCGCUUAGUCAGACAAGAUGGUUCAUUGCCGGCUACUGGGUCAGCCGCCGGCGUAUGCAGAUAUAUGUCCGUAGCAACAGUAGCGCAACCGUCACCAUAGUCAGUUUUUCGGCUCAUCCAUGAGCCGCGGUGGGCUUUCUGAACUUUGUUCAGGGACCGGUCGUUUUUUGGAGGGCGCCUUUGGCCAAGUGCUCGUUUUUUCACAGAUCACACCUCAGGAGGUGAUCUGUUUUUUGAGCAUCUGGCUGCCAUUACUGGCAUCAUGCCCCUCCGUCCAUGCACCGGUCCUUGCCAUUAUAGUCCACCAUACUGGUUUUUA